UCUCUUCAAUAACAUCAUCGCCUGUGGUUGCAUCCUGUGUCUCGUCUCAGUGUUUUUGUUUGGCGUCCAUGAUAUYAAAAACCCUGAAUUUGCAUUUGCGUUGGUUUGUAAGGCGAGAGCAUGGACAUUAACAAUGGGAUUUUCUUUUGCCUUUGGAGCAAUGUUCGUCAAAACAUGGAGAAUAUACAAAAUAUGUACAAAUAAGAAACUACGGAUGAAGUUGGGUCCUCUAUCUAACUGGUACUUACUAUCUUUGAUCGGUGCAAUUGUUUUCAUCGAUUUGAUUAUUCUCGUCACAUGGGAGCUGGUUGAUCCAUUGGAACACGGAGAAGAAGUCGUCGACCCCAAAUUUCCAGAUCCAAACACUCGAUUUAAAUACUACAGAAAAGUCCUCAAUGUGUGUAAAGCAAAGAGCAUGGUCGUGUGGUUGGGUAUAUUCUACGUYUAYAAAGGMAUAUUGAUUCUCUAUGGACUUUUCUUAGCCUAUGAGACACGUAAUGUCAUCUAUGCCCAUCUGAACGAUUCAAGAGUUAUUGGAAUCUGUGUUUACAAUGUCGUGGUGUUAUCGGUAGUUGGAGCAUUUCUUUCGUUGUUGCUUGAAGCGAAGAAUUAUAAAGAAAUGUAUAUUGUCCUAGCUGUGUGUAUAACUUUUCCUGCGGUAGCUACUAUCUCGCUUAUGAUGUUUCCUAAGAUUGCUUAUCGUUGUAAAACUGAUAAUCUCGAUGACACGGAGACGAUAGCCAACGGCAUGACAACAGUACGAMAUUCGUUUGACAUCUCAAGCAUGCACACUCCUCAAAUACACGUUACUACGCAUGUGCCGCAGACCAACACACAGCAACCGUCGUGCUCUAAAGAUGCCAAAUUCUCAUACCAUAAUAAAGAAAUGUCGGACUCUAAUGCUGGAUCGGAUGUCUCUCAAAAUGGAGGUCUACAUGCAAAGCAAUGAUGUAUAUCAUGUAUUUAAUGUAUAUAAUAAUCUCUACUGGGCUGCCUGUGUUCGAUACUGUAUGUUCGCAAUAGCAGUGUUUGCGAUCACUGCAUUAUUUAUGUGAAAAUUAUAAAAUAAUCUUUUUUGACAUUCUUCUCAUUCGUGUAUUCUUCCUUAAACGCAAUCUCAUUCCCAGGCCACGCAAUCUCAUUCCCAUGCCACUUCCAAACGAAGCGAUUAUGGCCUGGACACGAGGUUGCAGCCCCGUGGAUAGUAGGUGUUUUAAUGCCAACGUAGACAGAGAUUUAACACUCUUUUAAUAGCAGCAAUCAAUGGAGGAUGAGUGGUCUGCCUUUUUCUAGUGUCGUCAAGAGACCAGAAAUAUACUUUGGACUUUGCACAUUAAUGUACCACCUCCCCCCAGUCMUUGGGGUCAGGUGGAACCGAGCGAAAGGACAAGGAAAUCUGGGGACCAUGCUUUCAGUUUACCUUGGUUGAUGCAUUUGGCAUUUUCAUUGGCCUUUUCUGAAAUGAUAGUUAGCAUUGCAUUGUGGUCUAAAUUCGGUUGAAUAUAGUUCAUUCAUGUAACCAAAUAUGGUGUUCUUUGAGCGGAAGCUAGUCCACAAUGCAACRCUGUUUURAGUUUCAGACAAUCUGACAAGGCGGGUGCGAUAUUCUCAAUAACAUAUGAACAUAUUCAUAACACUUUCACUCGUCACAUUUKACUGUAUAUUAUAUUAUUUCUAUGCUGACGAUUUGGCUGAUUGGAGCGAUCCGAGCAAUCAAUGAAAACCAACAUUACGGCGUAUCGUUCUUCCUUGUCAGGGGAAAAUGCCCAGUUUGACUGAUUACAAUUACCUAGGGGGCCACUCCAUAUUUGGAUUUUGUUGUACAUGUUUUUMAUACUUGUCAGUUUGGUGCAGAGCGCCACAAAUAAACUGAAACAGAUUUUUUUUAUAAUGAAGCAAAAUCUAAUACGAUUUCGAUUUAAUUAAUCGAUACCUUAUUAGGAAUCGUCAGAUAAAGUAGCUCUCCAUUUGAAUUGUGGGAAGACAUGGGAGGGGGUCAUGCACCCCCUCCCACUAUUUCCACCCCCAUUACGGAAAUCAUUAGCCUCCUUUGCGGACGCUUUUACGUAGACCGAUGCAUAUARCGUCUGCACACGAGGCUAGAAAAACAUUUCUUAUUCAAAAUUCAUCAUGAAUCCAGACAGAAAUAACACAGGCAACUCAUUUUCUGAACUUAUUCUCCAUUGUAUAUUUAAAUAAAAUCGKUCCGAAAGUUUCAAA